AUGAGCACAUAUAACAAUUACUCAGUACCUUAUGGAGAAACUAGCAAGCACGUCUUACUUAGUCGGGGAGCGGACGAUGACGUCAUGAAAUUUUACGCCACCACCAACCAGCUAAACUACCACAAAAAAUUCUUGGCCGGAUCCUAUUGUAAACUUUACGAUGUCAAGAAUAUCCAAUCCGGAUACACCUCGAAUAGGCGCGUAUUCGUUAGGUACACGCCUGAGUUGGAUCUGCUGGAUAACCCGAAAUUCGGCGAGCCCCACUUACAACACAUCAUGCCAGACAGAAAGCAAACGUACCUCGAUAAGGUGCUGAAAAAGGACCCUUUGCAGCAACUCAACAAAGGAUAUGGCCCUGAUCUUAGCCAAUCAGAAACGAAAGAAAGGUUUCAGGGUAGCCAAUUAGAAGUUGCUCCCCACAAUGUCCUAAAUUCGAAAAAAUUCGGCAGCGGUUUCACUAACAACCAAAACAUGGACCCCAUAACGUUUAAACCGGACGAGGCUUACGAUAAUAUUUUACCUGGCAAGAUGACGCAGCGGCCGACGGGCGUAUCAACGAUGAAGAGUGAAUAUUUGCCCUGUGACGUCAUCGAUGGUACGGAGCCGAAUAUACGAAUGUCUUGCGGGACCAAUCACAGAUCGGGUUACACAAACAGCAGCCGGCCUAUAGAAGCAAGGAGUCCCUUUUCCUGUUUCGACCCUUCACCAGAAAAACCCUCCGUGACCUUUGGGAUCAAGAUAACUGACACGGGGUACACGGCCAAUAGAGGGCCGACAUGGAACUGGAGAGAUGAAAUUGGCGGGAUUAAUAAUAAUUACGUUACCGAAUAUAAAUAUCGAUUUUUAGAGAGAGAUGUUGACCGUGAAAACCGAAAGGCUGAGUUUUACGGCAACAUUCGGGACUGCCCAUCCGAAAUUAGGUCAGGCUAUUCCGGAAGUAACAUGGUCCACACCGGAAGUGGAUAUCUGGGUCAAGGGGUCGGCCAUGGUAGGGGUGGUAAUGACGUUGUUGAGUCACGUGGUCGGGACGGGCAGGAAGAACAAUGUUUGUUGGAUUAUCAAACGAGGAGUAUCAUUGCCAGAGAUAAUAAUAAAUCAAGACAGUUCUAUAGGAAGAGCGCUCCGUGUAAAGAAUGA